CUGGCACUCCAUUAUCACGUCAUCCGAUUCUAACAGAAAUAACCGUCGUCAGCCAUGAACACUGAAAGCCUAGUCCACUAUGUUUCCGCAAUCGUCACCGUCUUACUCGCUUCGACGCUUGUUCUUAUAACCACCAGCGACGUAACGCCGCCUCCAUCUUCGCCGCCGCCUGGAGGCUGUGCCGACUCCGUCAUCUCCUUCUCGCCUUGCCUUCCCUUCAUAUCCGCCCCGCCAAAUGAUCUCUCCGACGAACCUUCAUCCCAAUGUUGCGACAUCUUCAACGGAGCCUUUGCUUCCGGCAAAGCCGAAUGUCUCUGUUAUCUUGUUCGUCAGAACACGCUCCUCGGUUUCCCUCUUAACGCCUCCAAACUGCUUUCCUUAUCAGAUCUAUGUCUACUCAACAACGAUACCCAAGCUUCCCACGCGAAUAAUGCUAGUACAUCUCUCCAAUCGAUCUGUUCAGGUUCAACAACUCUACCUCCUUUGAUCAGCAUCACAAGAAAACCCCGUUCAGGUUCUACUGCCCGUCGCUCACCCCCUUCAUCACCCACUCUCCGGUCUCCUCCACCACCACCACCACCAACUUCCGCCUCCAAACAACCGAUCCCCAAGCCACCAAAGUCAGAGCGGAGCAACAAUGGCAACCAUCUGGCACCUGCUGUUGCUCUCAUGCCCAUUUACUUAGGGUUUUUUGUUUAAGUGUCUAUGAAGAUCUUGAACCAUUUUACAACAGGUAUGGCACACUAGAUGAGAGCUAGUAGUAUGUUCUGUUUUUGUAUCAGUUUUGGUACAAUUUGUGAAUUAGACCACAGGAUGUAAUGAUGAUUUGAUGUAUAUUGCUAAAGAUGAUGAGGAUAUGAUAUCUCAAUGGGUUCAAUAAGACUGUUUUUGUUACACCGGAUCGGAUG